CACUGGGUUUCUACAUUGUUUGCAUCUUCUUCCCUGGGCUGCUCUGAACAUUUUUACUUCUCAUGGUUGAGGGCAAGAGCAGACAUUUCUUUAAAAGUGUGUUGAGCAGCUAUGUCAAGGUGGUGGUGGGUUUAAGAUCUAGGGGGCUGCAUUUACUCUUGAGUAAAAAUGAAAAUCAGACAUAGCAGCUAGACACAUGGUAAGCUAAUGUCAAUUUUGGCUAUUAGAGCAACUUCCUGCAGAUAUUUUGGACUACUAUUUCCACAAUUCUUAAAAAUUAGCUAUGCAGGGUGGAGCUGAUGGGAGUUGCAGUCUGAAACCUUUGGACAGCACUAAGUUGGAGAAGACUGGCCUAGAGCAUUUAUCUCCAUCUGGUUGGCCGGAACCCACUACUGGGCUACAGCCUAAUCUGAGUUGGUGAAUAUAAAUAGAUGUUAACAGCGUACAAGAGAAAGAAGUGGCAACAUCUCUAAGGCAGGCGAAAGGCCAGAAGGGAAAGAAGAGUCGACAUACCCAGACAUUGUAGCAACAGUCAAAGGGAAGGCAGGAGAAUGAUGGGGAUACGGGCACUUCUGAUUGCUCUGCUGGUGGCUCUUCUGAUUUUGGUCUUCCUGAGACAACUCUGGUCACGCAGACACUACCCUCCUGGGCCUCUUUUCCUUCCUAUCAUUGGAGGCAUGUGGGAACUUGGAAUUAAACUACAUGAAGAUACUUUCAUUAAGAUAGUGAAGAAAUAUGGAAAUAUUUGCUGUGUGUGGCUAGGACAUCAGCCUAUGAUAUGCGUGUCUGGACUCCAAGCUGUGAAAGAAGCGCUGAUUACCCACAAAGAAUUAUCUGAGCGACCGUUGACUCCUUUCUUUAAAAUUUUCGGAAGAGAAAUGGGUCUUUUAGCUUCAAACGGUCACACCUGGAAGCAGCAGAGACGGUUUGCUCUAGUGACUCUGCGGAAGCUGGGACUGGGGAAGAAAGGCAUGGAGCACCAAAUACAAGAGGAGGCCCAGCAGCUGGUGGAGAGUUUUGCACGUGCAAAGGGGCAGCCACUUGACCCUUCCUUGCCCAUCACCAAUGCAGUCUCCAACGUGAUUUGUGCUGUGACAUUUGGACACCGUUUUUCUCUUGAAGAUGAAAAAUUCCAGAAAAUGAUUGAAGCCAUUGAUGUUGUUUUAAAAUUUAUAGGCACCAUCUCUCAUGUUUUGUAUGAAAUGUUCCCAUGGAUCAUGAACCAUCUUCCAGGACCUCACAAAAAGACAUUCUCUGCCCAUGAGUUGGUGCUUUCACAUGCAAGGGAGGAGAUAGAGAAGCAUAAGGAGCAACACUCCUUUCAUGAGCCACGGGAUUACAUAGAUUUCUAUCUACUUCAGAUGGAGAAAAGCAGGAAUGACCCAAACUCUACUUAUGAUGAAGAGAACCUGGCUCAGUGCAUUCACGAUUUAUUAUUCACGGGAACAGAGACAACCGCCGCUUCUCUGAAAUGGGCACUUCUCCUCCUGACAAAUCAUCCAGAUAUCCAAGAUAAAGUCUACAAGGAGAUAGAAGAUGUUUUUGGUUCAUCACGCUCAAUCUGCUACCAAGAUAUAAAGGAACUGCCCUACACUAACGCUGUGAUUCACGAGAUGCAGCGUUCAAAAUAUAUCUUAUUAUUUGGGGGAGCUAGGCAAUGUACAAAGGAUGUGAAAUUGAACGGUUAUCUCAUUCCCAAGGGAGCAUAUAUUCUUCCAAAUCUGCGCUCUGUUCUUUUCGAUCCGGAGCUGUGGAAGACUCCUGAAGAGUUCAACCCAAACCAUUUUUUGGACAAGGAUGGGAAUUUUGUAGAUAGAGAAGAAUUUCUGGUAUUUAGUACAGGGGCUCGGGUGUGUUUGGCAGAGCAGCUGGCAAGAAUCGAGAUCUUCAUCUUCUUGACCAGCCUGCUGAGAGCUUUCAGGUUCCAGCUUCCAAAAGGAGUGAAAAAACUCCGUCCAGAUCCUAUAAUAGGGUUCACAUUCCAUCCCCAUCCUUAUAAAAUCUGUGCUGUUCCCCGUUGUUGCUAAUUAUAAUCUUAUAAAUGUAUUUACAAUAGUUCACUAAUUACCACAAAUUUAUCACUCCUUACUUUUCUGUUAAGAAACCCCCACCUUGACUUUGCUGUUCAUCCACACAUGCUAAAUUCUUUCUGUGUAUGAUUGGAGUGAGCUGGCUGGGCUAAUCAAUGCAUCCCCUAUCUCUCCUGGCCAUAGUAGGGGCUUGGUUAAGGCAAACACACUUGCUGGCCCAGAAUUUGGCUUGAACCAUGAUUGCAGCUACCUGGGGUAGAGCAGACAGGGCUUUCCUGGAGCAGAGAGCCAUUGAACGACCCUAAGUUGCAGGAGGCAGAAGAAGAGCUAGAGAAGGAGAGCAAGGAGGAGGAUGUGGAGAGUGUGAGGUGAGGGAGAGGGUGAGGAGAUGUACUUGUGAAUAUUCCAGCCAGUGUGUCUUGACAAGACUAUACUUACCUCUUAAUCCAUGCUUCAGAGAAUCCAAAAGAAAUUGACUUAAUAGGAACUUUACCCAGUCGUCAUGUCCACAGAUGUGGGACCCUUGGAAAUAGGCAAAUGGUUCCACACAAGACUUAGGUGGUAGUCAUUUAUUUCAGCGAUCUGUCUUUGCUGGCAGCCACAAGCAGACUUGCUUUUGCCCUGCCAGGCUGGUACAAAACCUGGUAUGGAUUAUCUGUACUUAAUGCAGGUCAUUCAGAAAUUCUGGCCUGGCUCAAAGAAUGGCUCAUCACCAACAUUACACCAGGGAUGUAACUGGUGAGCCAAUAAAAUAUACCUCUUUCAACUUCCUUGUUUAUCUAUUAUUUCUGAGCCUCCCAGUGGAAUAAAGUGGAUUUGACUUUCCCUUACCCAAGGCAAGCUGACAAUUAUGAAACUAGGCACUUUGUAUUCUGUGCCUUUCAAAGAUGGGGGAGGGGACCGUUUUCAUCAAAUAAAUUUUUUGGUACCAUUUAUUUUCUCCAUUUCUACUGCAGCCUACAUGCACACCUAAAUUUACUCUUCUCUUCACUAUCUUUGCCUUUGCACAUGUGUUGAGGAAUUCAAGCAGAUAGGUGUGUGGGCUUCAUCUGUGCCCACCCUGUUUAAUGUAUUGCUUUUAGCCUGUUUUCUUUUAAUUAAAGAUCUAUGCUUUCAGCUGUAACUGAAGUCAUAUUAAGUAAGGCACCCACUUCUGCCACACAACUGGAUGUGUUGAAAUAUUAGUCACCAGAGUGUGCACCCACAAUUGGGAAAGGUGAGGGGUGUGGUGGCUUAUUUGAAAAAGCAAGCUAACAGCAAAUGAACUGAUGGUCAUGUUUCUCAAUAAUCGUGUACGGGUUGUUUUUCUGUCCUUGGAAACAUUGCACUCUGCACAUGCUUAAAAUCCUUCUUUUACUUGGUUGAAAGGCUUACCUGUUACUAUUUUAUGAUUGGUGUAUUGUAUAACGAAGUUCUGCCUUGUUUCUAAGUACAUUACCCUAUAAGUAAGUUAGCCUUUCCUGAAAAUAAUGGGCAGUUCCUCAGAUCCUCUGCCACUUUGCAGUGAUGCAUGAUGCUCAUAAUAAACUUUUCUAAAGCAAGAGAAA